AUGGGCAAUCUAGUAGAAAAGUUAAAGAACUUUUUCACAUCAAGCAAUAUGGAGAUUGUUAUGAUAGGCAUAGAGAAUAGUGGAAAAACUACUAUUUUAAAUCAAUUAUCUUUAGGUGAAGCAUCAGUAACAGCACCAACCAUAGGACUUAAUGUCAAGCAAUUUAAAAAAGGAGGAGUUAAGAUGAAAAUGUGGGAUAUCGGUGGUUAAACCUAAUAUAGACCAGAAUGGGGUCUCUACACGAGAGGUGUAAAUGCUAUAUUGUUUGUUGUAGAUUCUGCUAAUAGAGACACUCUUAGUAUAUCUAAAAGAGAAUUGCAUACUCUGUUGGAAGAUACUGAACUUUCCAAUAUUCCUAUUUUAGUCAUAGGCAAUAAAGUAGAUAUUUAAGGUCAUAUGAACGAAUAAGAUAUAAUAUAAGGUAUGAAUUUAGAUUACAUCACAUCAAAUCCAUGGGUAGUAGUAAUGGUAAGUGCUUUAAGAGGAGACAAUAUACCUGCAAUAGUAGAUUGGCUUGUAAAAAAAUCAAAGAAGUAAUGA